UGGCUCUUACAGUGCAGGGCCGGCGGCUCGGAGACAUAGACGGAAGAGAAAGACGCAGCGAGAAGGACGACAGACAGGAAGAAGGGGAAAGACGGGGCGAAAAGCCAGAAGAAGGAGGAAAGGAAAGGGACGCAUGAUGAGAGGAGAAGGAGGAGAAGACCCCCAUUCCAGCUGUGUUUCUAUUACAAAUAGAGCCGUGAGAACUUUUUCACAUUGAAGAAUUUUCCACUGCUCGCCAAGGGAACAAACAUUUACCUCUGACAUUUUUUUUUUUUUUUUUUUUUUUUUUUUUUUACUGAGUAUCACAUGUUUAUUUUUGAUCAGGCUGCAGCAGCUCCGACCGUCUAGUUGUAAGCUCCAAAAAUAGCACCAAAAGUUUUUUUUCGAGCCGGAUAAGAAAAGCCUCGCUUUAAAGCUCGGGAGUUUUAAAAAACAUGAGCGCGGAAAACACGACUCUGUUGGACAGUUUGUUCUUCCCCCCUCUCUGCGAUGGCUGGACCAACAACACAGAAGGAGCAAUCUACCACUUGGGCCACACCUUCCUGUUCCUGGGCUACAUGGGGGGCAGCGGGGCCUACGGGUGCCUCUUCAUCUUCGGCUUCCUGUCGCCGGCCUUCCUCUGCCUCACGCUGUGGGGCUGGCUGACCAUGUGCGGCCUGGACGUCUUCACCUGGAACCUGCUCCUGCUGCUGGCCUGCCUGCUCCAGAUCUGCCACCUGCUCUACCGGCUGCACCAGGAGGGCAUUCGCAGCGAGGAGCUGACCUCGCUGUACCAGGCCGUCUACCUGCCGCUGGGCGUGCCCGUCCACGUGUUCAAGGAGAUCGCCAGGGCCUUCGAGAACAAGGUGGUGGAGCUGAAGGCGGGACAGACGUACGCCGUGGAGGGCAAGACGCCCAUCGACCAGCUCUCCUUUCUGCUGUCUGGAAGGAUCAGCGUGUGUUUGGAGGGUCAGUUCCUGCACUACAUCCACCGCCACCAGUUCCUCGACUCUCCUGAGUGGGAGUCUCUCAGACCAAACGAAGAGGGAAAGUUCCAGGUGACCCUGACAGCAGAAGAAGACUCCCGCUACGUCUCAUGGCGUCGCCGCCGCCUCUACAUGCUGAUCUCUAAGGAACGCUACAUCGCACGCAUCUUCUCCGUCAUGCUGGGAUACGACAUCGCCGAGAAGCUCUACAACCUCAACAACAAGCUCUACGUGAAGAGCGGCGUGCUGCUGGACAUCCGCCUGCCGAGCCUCUACCACGUGCUGGCCCCCUCCUCGCAGAGCAGCGAGGGCGGCAGCGGUAGCGAUGGCGGCAUGCCCAGGGAGCAACAAACUGAACCGGUGCCGGCCUACCAGUCGUCUGACCCAGCUCAAUCUCAACAGGGACCAAGGAAGACCGCGCUGGACGAACCCCACGCCCCCCAGCAUGACCGUUCCCACCCUUGGGCAUCAGACCCGGAGCUGCCCUCUGGUGAGGACUCCACCAGCCUGGUCCUGGAGGACUUUACUGAUGUGGCGGGCUCCUUAAUGGAUUAUGGCAGUGAGAGGGAUUAUUUGAGGUAGAGGGGCAGGGUUCUGGAGCUAACACACUGGGUCACCACUUAAGCUACAUGAGACGACAGUGACGAGAAUCUACCGCCUCGAUUCAAGAGGGGCAGAGCUCCACUGGCUCCCACCGACACCCCCAAACUGUGAGAACACGUCUGUCCUGGAAACGCCACGUUAUCGACAGUAUAGCAGCAUGAAAAGUGUCAGAUGUCACGUUCUACGACCCCGUCUCUCCUCUCUCCUCUUCACAGCUCAGAAUUAAGAAUAUGAACUCCUCCUCCUCCUCAUUUAAGUGACAGUUUGAUUCAUAAGACAAACAGUAUUAAUAUAUAUUCUAUAUUUUAAAGCCAAAUUUUAUUUAGGUAUUUAUGCCAUAACUGACAUUUAAUUUAAUGAGUUAACAACAAAGAGCUCUGUCCAGUUAAUUAAAGGUGGCAUAUUAACAUCAAAUCCUAAUUUAAAUCCCUGUUACAUUAACGUAUUAUCCCCCAUUAGAGAACUGAGGAACGAGACAAACUUCACUGUGUUACUUACCAGCACAUUCAACGUCUGAAAUGUUAAGAUUUUAAAACUAAUUUUUAUGUCACUGAAACUAAUGAAUUUGCUCUAAUUCAUCUCGCUUGUAUUUGAUGUUUUCAAACUGCCAUCGACUUGAUUUUCAUGUGUUACAUUUUUUUUUUGUUGUUGUUUGUGUCACAGACGCCCGUCGUGCUCACGUUAGAGAGAGUGUUUAUUUAAGGAUAUGACACCUUUUUUUUGUUUUUUUUUUUGAGGAUCAGACUGAAUUUAUAAAAUGAUGUGGAAGUGCUUUAAAUGAACACAUUGGUAUCACUUAAUUAUUUAUCCUUUUAAGAUAGGGAAAUUAUUUAAUUUUUCAUUCUUUAGGAAAUUACUUUACAAUUUUUUUUUUGAACUAAUAGAUAAAUAAAUAAAUAAAUAAAAUAAAAUAAAAGCCAUUGUGGAUUUUUUUUCCCUUUUCUCUCAAUGCACCAUAACAAAGAAUAAUAAUAAUAAUAAAUCCUCUUUAUGCUCACUUGCCAAAACAUAAGGUAAACUAGCGAAAACAACCACAGUCCUGCACUAAAUCGCCCUUUGUUGACUAUUAAUAAUAUUCAGCUGGUGUAGAAAAAAAAAUGCCAAAAAGGUUAUAACGAACUUGUGUGCUCAUUUUGAUGGAUGUAGUUUGUGCUGCUGUUAAACCUGAUUAAAUUAAACACCAAAGCGUUUCCUGUUAUUUAGC